ACUUUAUAUAGUAUGUGAUAGUAUGGACUAUUUAACUAUUAAUUUAAGAACGAUAAACGAUUAACGAUACUGGGGAAACACUAAAUGAUAAAUUUAUCAGUUAACGUCCAGUGUAACGUGUAAUACUUAAAACAAACUGAAAGGAUUUGGAUUAAAGUUUACCUAUUCAAACAAUUWUCAAAUAUGGAGAGGAUUCCCGAACAAAUGGGUUAUUUGAUUAUGACAAUGGAUGGGGCCGUGAUCUCGUCUGGUGGUGAUUUAGAGAAUAAUGAAAAUAUUGCUGAUAUCAUAUCAAAAACAAUCGGCACAAGUAAAAGCUUAUACGUGCCUGAUGAACAAUUCCAAAGCAUGUCAAUUUUGUUUCAAAAUUAUCAUUAUUCUGUUUGUGUGUCAAAUAAGAAAAUCCAUGUUUCCAAAAUUAGACAUGAUCCCAAUACAUUAGAAAAUGAUGAAGUCAGAGUGAUUACAGAAGGUUCAUGAUUGGGAAAAUUUGUAUAUUUUUUUUAUAUUUAAAGAACAAGAUAAAAAUAUCUAGAUUAUGUAAUAAUUAAUAUAUAAGUAAUAUCAUUUCACAUUUGGUAUAAAUUGUUAAUAUUAUUCAAAUGUAUACUUUUGUUUACAUUACUAUUAUCAGUUAAAAAUAAAACCAUUAAAGAUUCCCAUAAAUUGUUUUUGAAAUAUCUUAAUAUUUAAGAUAAAUCAAAC